GGGAUAUGUUGACCGCCCCUCAAAUAUUCAAAGCUAAUUUUUAGACGAAUAAUGUAUUGAAUCGUUAAUAUAAGGACAUUAAUAUGGCAAAUAUGGAUACAUAAGUAGUGUAAGAAUAUAACGGAAUGAAAGAGAUAUCAGCCACUGGUGCUAAAAAUGGGAAAAUAUCGAGUAACAUUUCGCAGCUCAAAAAUUUGUAUCCGGAAAAAUUUCAUCAAAUUCAAUCCCGUUUCAAAACAAUGGGAAAAAUCUAUCCUGAAGAAAAGCAACUUGUAAAGGAAAUGAGUGGCGAGAUAUAUCGUUCUACUGGAACGGAAAUUAGCUUAGGUGGUGAACAUGGAGACAUUCAAACUGUUAGGAUAUUUGGCAGUUUUGAAGAUGUCGAUAGUCUGAAAAAAUACAACAAAAGCUUACAUCCUGGUUUGGAACGGCUGCAAAAUGAUGUAUCAGUGUCGGAAUCUGAGGAGAAGCUGCUCCUUUUAAACACAUCUUUAUCAAGUGCAAAUAGUUUUGAACUGUCUACAAGUUUGCCUAAUUUAUGUGACGGCUUUAAUGAUACAUUGACCUCUGAUCAAUGUAGCGUAAAUGGUCAAUAUGAUCAGAUAUCACACAGUAGUUACACAGACAUUCAUAACUCUCCCACGAGACCACAUAAACUUUUAUCAAUAUCAAAUGAAUGUCAUACCAUAAAAACACUCAAAGACAAUGCUCUGUCCACUUCAGCUGAUAGUGGCACUAGGACUACUUUAGUUCACAGUAGCGCUUCUAGUUUAAAGGACAAGGUAUCAGAUAAGGAGACAGAUGGAGACAUUGCCCAAAGCAAAUCAUCUCAGGAUUUACAUAUACGUGUGAAUAAAGAAAACAAUGGUUUAUCUGCAGUUUUAGCUAACAUUCCUCUUGUAUAUAUUCCUCAUAGUAAAAAGUUAAUACCUGCCAAACCUGAUCAUACUCAUACUUCAAACCCUGGUCCAAGUAUCCCUGCAAUAAUCCCAGUUAAUCAGUCUCUCGAUUCAUCAAAAUGUGCUAAUGAUAUGCCGAAUCUGCAAUCUUCUGUUCUUGCCGAAAGCCAGUCCACUCUUACGCAGGGAAGUGUCACAGACUUAGAAAAUUAUGAUGAGAUCGCUGAUGAAUUAUCUAGCCUGACAUGUGAAAGUGACUCCCCAGGGAGUACCUUAGCUAGGAAUAAUAAUACUUGCUCACUAACACGAGCUGAAGAAACGUCAUCUUAUGGUAGUGUGUCAAGUUUUAGCACAGGCACUGAUUUCAGUGCAUCAGCAUCUAUCAACAGCGACUUCAUUGAGAACAAACUCAUAAACCCUGAACCGGAUGAAUCGGGCUUUGUAGAAAUAAACCUAAAUGGACGGAACUCUUAUGAAAAGUCCAGAAACAGUUCACAAGACAGUGGUAUUGAUGCUGAGAGAGGAGGUACAAAACCAAAAAGGAAAAACACUAGUGGAUUUACUAGCUUUCUAUCCAGAAGUCUGUUCUCCCGGAAAAAGGAAACAGGAACACAGGGUCAAGGCUGGAAACUAUUUGGAAAAGUCCCUCCAAAACAAAAUGACGUUAAAGAUGCCAAUGAGAUUUCAGAUGAGUAUCGAAGACGUUAUGAAAUCACGGAAAGUCUCCGCAAGAAUGAUGUUGAAGCACCAUCCACAACUGCGUUAAUACUCGAGAAUAGACCUCAGAACCUGCCUAGUAAAUCACCAGAAGAAGAACUCAGACACCGACUGGAAUACGAAGCAAUGAUUGAGACAGCACGGAGGAAAGAGCUAAAGGAGAUGAAGUUACGUAAGAAGCAGAUGGCGCUACGAUUGAGACAGGAAGAAAUGUUGAAAAAUGCCAUAGCAACAUGGAAUGAUGAUAUUCUACCCAACUGGGACACCAUGAAAGACUCUAAGAAGGCCAGGGAGAUGUGGUUUGCUGGAAUACCACCAUGCGUGAGGGGAAAAGUCUGGAAACUUGCCAUUGGAAAUGAUCUCAACCUUACAGAAGAACUGUAUGAAAUCUGCCUUAAUCGAGCAAAAGAUCGUAUUAGGAUGAUGGAUACCAUUAGCAUUGAUAGUUCACACUCAUUUCAGUCACUAUCACAAGAACCAGCAUCAAGUAAAGAGUCCAGUGUAGAGUUGAUCAAACUAGAUGUUUCUAGAACAUUCCCUCAGCUUUGUAUAUUUCAAAAGGGUGGUCCAUAUCAUGAACUGCUGCAUGACCUACUGAGCGCUUACACAUGUUACCGUCCUGACGUAGGGUAUGUCCAGGGCAUGUCCUUCAUAGCGGCCAUCUUGUUGCUUAACAUGGAAGUCAUUGAUGCAUUUCUGGUGUUUGCUAACCUUCUCAAUAAACCAUGCCAAGUGGCCUUCUUCAGAAUGGAUGAGCUAUUGAUCAAGUCGUAUUUCCAGACUUAUGAUGAGCUUGUGAAGGAAAACCUACCAAAGUUACACCAACAUUUCCAGGUUCACAAUUUAACACCCGAUUUGUACAUAAUUGACUGGAUAUUCACACUUUAUAGUAAAUCAUUACCACUAGAUGUCGCUAGUAGGGUUUGGGACGUGUUCUGCCGUGACGGAGAAGAAUUCCUGUUCAGAACAGCAUUAGGUAUCUUGAAAAUGUAUGAAGAGACAUUGAUGACCAUGGAGUUCAUCCACCUUGCUCAGUAUCUCACCAAACUCCCAGAAGACAUUAACGGAGACAUACUAUUCAGGUGUAUAGAGUCCAUCCAUAUGUCCAUAGACAAACGGAAAUUCUCACUGAUUUUAGCGACAAAUAAAGAAAGCAUUUGUAAUAGUUGCAGUAAAGACAGAGACUCAGAUACCUGAGGUCUGUCCAUAUAAGGAGAUA